GGCUGCUGUUUAACCUGAAACCGGGCGGCGGGCAGCGGCGAUCUUUACCGACCGGAGACGACCGUUUACCGGCGGAUCACAUCCCUCCAGCCGGGCAGAGGCUCCGGAUGGAGCCGCGAGGAUUGUAGAGAUCCACCGGGAGGAUAAACCCCGAGCUCGGCAUCCGCGCGGAGGAGAGAGAGAGAGAGGAGCGUUUCAUGAACGGCGACUGUCCAGUGGAGGCUGCAGACGGCAUGGCGGAGCAGCCGGACCCCGACGAUGCCGCCUCAGAGGAGUCGGAGAGAGACAUCUACAUGCGCUUCAUGAAGUGUCACAAGUGUUACGACAUCAUCCCCACCAGCUCCAAACUGGUGGUGUUCGACACCACGCUGCAGGUGAAGAAGGCGUUCUUUGCUCUGGUGGCGAACGGCGUGAGAGCUGCUCCUCUGUGGGAGAGCAAGAAGCAGAGCUUUGUAG